CCAACAAAGCCUUAAAUAAAUAAACGGGACUCAUUAAAUUGAGGCUCCCCUAGUAGUUGCCACUCAUUUGCAUGCUUCGUUAUUCUCUAUAUUUCUCUCCCUCCUCCUCUUCAGAGUAGCAUUGUUCAUUCACACUCCCUCUGGCUUUCAUUCAUUUGCAUUGCGAAAAAACGAAAACUCAGAAAACCGCAACAAACUCACACUCACUCACAAGAAGUAGUAACAACAUCAACAACUCUCUCAUCAUCAUGGCAGUUGAGGCUCCUCCGCACAACAUGAAUCUCUUCCCCUCGCAGUUACUAACCUCCAGAGAAAUGAUGAAACCGAAUCUCGGCUUCUACACCGCGCAGCAAACGGAAGGCGGCGCCGCCCUGCCUAUUCUUCCGUCAUCAACAGCGUUACCUUUUUACCACCAAUCCGACAGCGGCCUCACCUGCCACGCCACCACCGCUGCCGCUCCGCCGAGAAAACGCUCCAGAGACUCCAUCACUACCACCGAAUCAAACGCGCUUCUUCUCCCUGUUCCGCAGAAGAACAAACUCUCAUCAUCACCACCGUCCAUUCUCGAUCAAGACCUUCUCUUCCAUUUCCAGAACCAACAAUCUGAGAUCGACCGCUUCAUCGCACAACACACGGAGAAAGUGAGAAUGGAGUUGGAGGAGCAGCGAGUGAGGCAAUCAAGAAUGUUGAUAGCGGCGAUUCAAGAAGCCGUGGCGAAGAAACUGAAGGAGAAGGACGAGGAGAUUCAGCGCGUGGGGAAGCUGAAUUGGGUUCUGCAGGAACGAGUUAAGAACCUCUGCGUGGAGAAUCAGAUUUGGAAGGAGUUAGCACAAACAAACGAAGCCACGGCAAAUAAUCUUCGAAACAAUCUAGAACAAGUUCUGGCGCACGUUAGCGAAGACCACCACCACAACCUCCACCAUACCACCGUCGAAGCAGCGGAGUCGAGUUGCGCGAGCAACAACAACAGCCACCACCGCGAGGAGGAGGAGGUUUGCGGCGGAAGCGGAAACGGAAAACAAAGCGACGGCGUUUUGGGGAAGAGGAUGUGCAAUCAGUGUGGGGUAAGAGAAUCGAUAGUGCUGCUGUUGCCAUGUAGGCAUCUGUGUCUGUGCACAAUGUGUGAGUCCACCGUACGUAAUUGCCCGCUUUGUCAAUCUGGCAUUAAUGCUAGUGUUCAUGUUAAUUACUCUUAGGAGUUUUUUAACGCUUUCCAUAUACUACUCCAUUUUACACCACCGGGGAAAAAAUAGUUACAGUUUUUUUUUUCAUUUUUUUUUUUGUCCGAAGGACAGUGUAAGGAGAUUAAAAAAAAAAGUAGACUGUAGAAUUCUUUUGUUGAUACA